GCUGAACGUAAAGUAAUGGCUUUUGUGAAACAUCGAAAGGGUCCUGAUAUAGUGGGAUCAUUCGGAUUGUUACAACCUCUAGCAGAUGGUCUGAAAUUGAUUCUAAAAGAACCUAUUUCACCAAGUAGUGCUAAUUUCUCCCUUUUUAGAAUGGCUCCAGUGGCUACAUUUAUGUUAAGUCUGGUCGCUUGGGCCGUUGUACCUUUUGAUUAUGGUAUGGUAUUAUCAGAUCCGAACAUAGGGCUACUUUAUUUGUUUGCCAUAUCUUCGCUAGGUGUUUAUGGAAUAAUUAUAGCAGGUUGGUCUAGUAAGACGGGGGGCGACCGUUCGGUCGCCUAUGAUAUAUGGACCAAUUGGGCCAAAAUGGGUUUGUGCCGCAGGUGUUGA